AUGUCAAACAAGCAAAAACAAAUCCUUUCGCUUUCCUCAUACCUAUCAUCAGCUCUUCAGCGACUAGAAGGAGCCCCUAAGGGCCCCGUUUUUUCCAAGCUGCCUGGUCUCAAUAGUACUGAUACAAGUACAUCACCACUCGAUAUAGUGUCACACAAGAAACUUCGAAGAUUUGAUAAAUCAAAAAGAUUAAAUCUUGGUAAGAAACUAUUUGUGGAUCAGUUUAAAGGAGUGGAGUUGUUACGUGAUGACCCUGAGGUUUUCAGUGAUUUAUCAAUUUCUAGUCUUCAUAGAACUCAUUUAAAGUCAUUGUAUGAAUUCUACCAAAAUCAGAAUAGAAGGGAAGCACUCCUGCAAAUUUCAGAAUCCUGCUCACUUGAAAAUGAAUCAACUCGAAUAAAAAAUAAAAAUGAGGAAGUUAAUAAUAUUGAAACUCCAGACAAAGUAUCAACGCGAAGACGAUCGUCAGUAUUGCGUGAACCAGCGAUCAUAAAUAGUAUAUCGAAGAGAAUAAAUUUCCUAACGGAGUUUGACGAAGCUCUAACAGAGUCAAGAAUUCAAGAAUAUAAAGCAAAGAUCAAUGCGGAUGACUUGAAGAGAAUAAACUCAUUCAUAAAUCAAUUGAACUAUGCGUCAAUGAUUAUUGUUCUAAAGAACCUAGAGCCGGGAGUAUCCGAUAUUAAUUAUCUUGAAUUGUCUAAUCAUCUAAAUAGACUAAAUAGCAGGAACUCUUCCACAUCUAGUUUGCGUGUUGGAGGUAGCCGAGUUGUCCGGUUAAAAAGUAUUGAUGAAGUCCAGUUUUUAAGUGCGUUGCAAAAUGAUGCUCUUGGAAAAAGAGCAAACAGAAAUGAUUCUGGAUUUUUUCCAUUCAAACCAAAGGAAUUGAGAAACUAUGGUGCAUUUUAUGGCGUGAUGCUAGAAGAUUUGACUAAGUCAAUCAAAAGUGCAAACAAACAUUUACAACCAGCAUUACGGGAAGAUUUUGAUACUACAUUGACUGAUUUUAAUAACGAUGCGGAAUUUGCCAAGGCAACAGACAUUCUUAAAGCAAUAAAGAAAGAUUAUUGCCUUAUAUCUCUUGAUUUAACAAGCUCGGAAAAAUUAAAAAAGUUGCCGGAUAUAUUCAAGGUGUUGAGUGAAUAUGUUGGCACUCGAAAGGAAUUUGCCAUGAUAUUUUGCCAAUUGAAUUAUCAUAGAAUCCCGAUGUUUGGUAAAGGUGUCAUUGAAAAUCUUGAGCCCAAAAAUACCUUACAUAAUACAAAUAAAAAGGUUUUAUAUUCUCAUUAUCUAGAAUUGGCUAGACAAAACACAAAAAUGAAUACCAAUAACAAUAGCAAUCCACAGGAUGAGAGUGUAUUUCAGAUGAUCUUAACUGAGUUGGCUAAUAAUGAUAUGACUUUCGUGGAUAAGCCAAAAGACAAAGAAUGCUUAUAUAUUUACAGAGGUGGUAAAUAG